UUUGAACCCUAACAUCACGUCUACGACGCCGGAGUUCAUCAUCACCGUUAGCAUCUAACGCUGAAAUUCAUCAUCUCUGUUCGAAUCCGACGCCGAACUUCAACAGCAAGAUUUUGUAAGCUUUUUUUGAUUUAUUCACAUCCAUGGCUGAGAAUGAGGCUAGUGUUGAAGGCUCUGGUUCUUGUUCAUUCAGAGGGAAAGGGAGGAAGAUUAUUAAGGGUAAUAGGACUGAUAUUGGGUGGAAUUAUGGGACGGAUGUUUUCGGUGAUGCUAAAAAAGUAAAAUGUCGUUAUUGCUCAAAAAUCAUUAGCGGAGGAAUUUUCAGAUUCAAACAUCAUCUUGCGGGGACUAGUGAAGGUUCUUAGCCAUGUGCACAAGUUCUGGAUGAUGUGAAAUUAAUAAUGCUAAAUGUAGUUGCUACGGGAAAAGAGACAUCAAUGAAGAAAAGAAAAAUGGCUGAAAUUGUUGAGGAUGGGGGAAUUCCAACAUCGGAGAUACACAACAAUAAUCAACAAAAAGGAAAGAGGAUUCAAUCAACAAUUAAUCAAAUGAUGAAAAAACCUCUAAAGGAGGAAGCAGAUGAUCUUGUUGCAAUGUUUUUUUACACAAGUGCCAUUCCAUUUAAUUGUAUCAAAAAUCCUGCCUUUGCAAAAAUAUGUGAUGGAAUUGCAAAAUACGGAAUUGGCUACAAACCUCCUACUUAUCAUGAUAUCAGAGACAAGCUAUUGAAAAGAGCAGUACAUGAAACUGAAAAAAUUGUUGAAGAUUUUAAGGAUGAGUGGAAGAGAACCGGCUGUUCAAUCAGGUCUGAUGGGUGGACAGAUAGGAAAAAAUGUUCGAUUUGCAACUUUAUGGUAAAUAGUCCUAACGGGACAAUCUUCCUCUAUUCAUUGGACACUUCUGAUAUUUCUAAAACAACCGAUAAAGUUUGUAAGAUGUUAGAUGAUGCGGUAGAAUUUGUGGGAGAGGAGAAUGUAAUCCAAGUGGUCACUGAUAAUGCUGCAAAUUUCAAAGCUGGUGGGGAACAGUUGAUGCUAAAGCGAAAGAAUUUGUAUUGGACUCCAUGUGCAGCACAUUGCAUUGAUUUGAUAUUUGAGGAUUUUGAAAAAGAGUUGAUUAUUCAUCAGGUCACUAUAAAGAAUGCAAGAAAGUUGACAACUUAUAUUUACUCUAGAACGAUGCUAAUUACUAUGGUGAGGAAGUUCACAAAUGGGAGGGAUUUGAUUAGGCCUGCUAUGACAAGAUUUGCCACUGCCUAUUUGACUCUUGGUUGUCUCAAUGAUCUCAAAUCUUCAUUGCUCAACAUGUUUGGCUCAGAUGAAUGGAAGUCUAGUAGGUUUGCAACUACAGAAGAGGGAAGAAAAAUUGCAAAGGGUGCUUUGGAUCAUCGUUUCUGGAAGAAUAUUGUUGUGUGUCUCAAGACUGCUGCUCCUCUCACGGAGGUGCUUAGGUUGGUGGAUUCUGAUGCAAAGCCUGCCAUGGGUUUCAUUUACGAGGCGAUGGAUUCUUGCAAAAAACGUAUUCAAAGCAACUUCGGUAAUAUUCAGAAAUACUAUGAACCAGUAUGGAAAAUUAUUGAUGAACGUUGGAAGGGUCAGCUCCAUAGGCCUUUGCAUGCGGCUGCGUAUUAUCUUAAUCCUCGAUAUCACUUUGGAAAAGAGUUUAAAGGUGAUAAUAUUGAUGUCAAAAAUGGAUUAUAUGGUUGUGUGUCUAGAUUAGUAAGUGAUGCUACUGAAAGGGACAAGAUAAACAUGCAGCUUGUUGACUUUCAUUUUUGUCAAGGGCCUCUGUUUGGUACUGAAUAUGCAAAAAAAGCUAGGACAAAUAUGCAUCUGGCACAAUGGUGGGAUAUGUAUGGAGAUUAUACUCCAGAGCUAAAGAGUUUUGCUAUUCGUGUUUUAAGUUUGACUUGUAGCUCUUCUGGAUGUGAACGUUACUGGAGUGCAUUUGAAAUGGUAAUUGAGUUUUAA